AUGUCGUUUUCCCUCGCGCAAUACUUGUACAGAUCAGACUUCGGUGCUUCAACUCACCUCUCUUCGUUGUGUCAUGUCCUGGCGGCACAUGACAUUUUCAGCAGCCCAGCUUUCUCGCACUUGAAGGAAGAUUGGGAAGCAGUGACAAUCUCUGUCCUCCGUGUUGUAUGCGGUCGUGGCGGUUACCAGAAACAGCGCGUCGGAACAGGGUGGCUUGAGAGAAACGGCGGAUUGACCGACGCAGGAAUUCGAAAUUGCAAAAAGGGAAGAAAUUUUGGCAACUGCACCCCGUCAGUCUCGUGCGCUGACGAACGGUUUUCAAAAAGUUCGGAAAAUUUCCUGCAAGCACGCUGCAGGAAAAGAACUGCAGCCUUGAACGGCAAAUCUCGCAGGCCGCAGACACCGUUGCAGACGGGCGCAUCUGCGUCCAAGCGCUCAGCCUUGUCCGCCACGCAAAGGACGUUGGUGCUCGUUGGUGUUCAGGGAGUGGUCGACGCGCUCAUUGGGUCGUCGGCCAUCAUGCCUCUCGACAUCCAGGACAACGCCAUCGCUGGCCACGCCGAGGCUCAGCGCGACGUCUACGUCGCCGACGUCAAGGCUCACGGUGGCAAGGAAGAGGCUCACCCUGUCGCCCACCUCGAGUCCGGCGUUCGCGUCAAGCCUGACGUCUCGGAUGACGACUUUGUCGCUCCCACCGAAGAGGACCUCGCUACCCUGCGACGUGUCCCCGAGAAGCUUCCCUGGACCACCUACGCCAUCGCCUUCUGCGAGUUGGCCGAGCGUUUCUCCUACUACGGAUGCAUCCAGGUCUUCCAAAACUUCAUCCAGCAGCCGCGCCCCUCCAACAGCCGCGCUGGUGCCGGUGGUGCCGAUAACCAGUCCGGUGCCCUCGGUCAAGGUCAGCAGGCCGCCACUGGCCUGACCACCUUCAACACCUUCUGGGUCUACUGCAUGCCCAUCCUCGGUGCCUAUCUCGCCGAUACUCGCUGGGGCCGUUUCAAGACCAUUUGCAUCGCCGUUUUCAUCGCCAUGGUCGGUCACAUCCUCCUCAUCAUCUCUUCUGUCCCUACCGUUCUCGACAAUUCCAAUGGUGCCAUGGCUUGCUUCGUCAUUGCCAUCAUCGUCAUGGGAGUCGGAACUGGUUGGUUCAAAUCGACGAUCAGCCCUCUCAUCGCCGAACAGGUUAACGGUUCGAAGCAGUCGGUUCAGACGCUCAAGACCGGCGAGCGUGUCAUUGUCGACCCUAUCUUGACCAUCAGCCGAAUCUUCAUGUACUUCUACCUCUUCAUCAACAUUGGUGCGCUUGGUGGUCAGCUCGGCAUGUCCUUCUCGGAGAAGUACGUUGGAUUCUGGCUCGCCUACACUCUGCCCACCAUUGUCUUUGCUCUCUGCAUCCCCGUUCUCGCCUUUGGCAGCAAGUACUACGUCAAGACGCCUCCCUCGGGCUCGGUCCUUUCCGAGUGCCUGCGCCUCUGGGCCUUCGCUACCAAGGGUCGCUGGACGCUUAACCCCAUUAAGCUUGUCAAGAACAUGCGUGCUGACGACUUCUGGGAGAACGCCAAGCCUUCCAAGCAGACCGCCGAGACCAAACCGCGCUGGAUGACCUUCGAUGACGCCUGGGUCGACGAGGUGCGACGUGGAUUCAAGGCCUGCACCGUCUUCCUCUGGUUCCCCCUCUACUGGCUCACCUACAACCAGAUCACCAACAACCUCGUCUCGCAGGCUGCCACCAUGGAGGUUCACGGUCUCCCCAACGAGGUCGUCUCCAACCUGGACCCCUUCGUUCUCGUCAUCCUUAUCCCCAUCUUUGAUCUGUUCCUCUACCCUGCUCUCCGCAAGGCCGGCAUCAACUUCACUCCGCUCAAGAAGAUUGCCCUUGGUUUCUUGACCGGUGCCCUUGCCAUGGUCUGGGCUGCUGUCGUCCAGCACUACAUCUACAAGACCUCGCAGUGCGGCAAGAACGCCUCGACGUGUUACGACAUCAACGGCGACGGAUUCGCCGACCCUGGUGCCGAUGGAUCCGAGGCCACCGCCGUCUACAUCCCCGCUCCACUCAACGUGUGGAUCCAGUCCGGCUCGUACAUCCUCAUCGCCGUCUCUGAAAUCUUGGCCUCGAUCACUGGUCUCGAGUACGCCUUCUCCAAGGCUCCCAAGUCGAUGCGUUCGCUCGUCAUGUCCAUGUUCCUCUUCACCUCGGCCAUCUCUGCCGCCCUUCAGCAGGCCUUCAUCUCGCUCUCGGGCGACCCCAACCUGGUCUGGUCCUACACCGUCUUUGGCUGCCUCGCCUUUGCCGGUUUCAUCGGCUUCUCCAUCUCGUUCAGGAAGCUCGACUCGCAGGAGGACAGCCUCAACCAGCUCGACGCCGGAAAGGUCAACGCUGCCGAGAGCGCCAUUUCGUCCGAGCCUGGUCACGCCGAAAAGUCGCUUGCUCCUUAA